GAACAUCAAGAAGGGGCCGCGUCGUGCGUCCUCACGGGUGACACCAUUCACACCUUUGCCGACGCGCCUUCAUCAAAGAAGAGGAGGGUGCUCUUGAGUCCGACUUCAUCUUCUAGCACUGCGCCGCAGAAUCUUAGUGCGUCACUUGUAUCAGCAACCACUCAACAGACUGACUGGGUAAGCGCUAACACAAGUAAAACAGGCUCUGGCGCUGGUGAUGUUGCAAGAGCAUCUAGUACAACAAGUAUAGCGCAGCCUAUGGCUGCCCCGAAGCGUAGGAUUUAUGUGGUGGAUGGGGGCAACCUUCUAAAAGACCAUCGCAAACAAGCUGAGCCAUGGGCCCGAAGAGAUAUGAGCGUGGAGCCUUGGAAUCUCUACUACCUCUG